CCCUUCAGCUCGCCCGUGUCUUCCACCGACUCUUUUCUUGCUGCCGGCAUCCCCUCUUCUCUUCACGUCACAAGUGCUCUAGGUGGAAACAGAACAUCGAUGCUCGGAAACUAUUUUGACAACACCAAACAGUAAUACUGGAAUAAUAAUUUGGACUCGACACCUGGUGGUCAAUUCGUCGUCAUGGCGAGGUGGAAUCGUCUGAUCACAUGGGGCCUUCUCUUAAUCUUCCUUCAGGUGGCUGUUGCUCAAGCCUUGGUGCCCGUCAGACGUCAAGAGACCGGGACUACUACAGCAGCCGUUGCCUCUUCUACUUUGUCACGAAGCGCACGAGAUGCCGAAACUACUGCAUCACCGGCAUCUUCAAUAAGGACAACGGCAGUCGCUACCACCGAGUCGCCUUCUGUCUCCGCUACGGUCUCUAGUCCUCCCAUCAUCCCAACUGGCGGCAGCACCUCUGGAAACUCGAGCCUUGAAAAUUCUACCACCUCGGAAGGAGAGCUACCUAUUGAGCCAAAGGUCACACCAGGUUGGGCUGUAGCUGGUGUCAUCUUGCUCUGCACUGGGGUCAUCUACAGCUUCAUUGGUAUCAAGAACACAGUCUUGCACACUGCUUUCUCCGUUGCGUACGUCGUCGGCUUGGGCAUCACAGUCUUGGUCGUCUAUGUCAUGGUCAUUCCAGUGUCCAACGGAUCCCAAGGAGCGUAUGUCGUCGCAGCCGUCUUACCGGCCGUCGCAGUUGGCGUUCUCGCUUCCUGGUUCUUCAAAGAAAUUACGGAAUGCCUGGCAUGUGCUCUGGGCGGAUUCUGCUUCUCAAUGUGGCUGCUUUGCCUCCAUGAGGGCGGCCUGCUCACGGGAGUUGGGAAAGUUAUUUUCAUCAUUGCUUUCUCACUAGUGGGCUUUGCAUUGUACUUCAGCCGAUGGACCCGUGACUGGGCGCUCAUGUGUACAAUCGCUUUCAGUGGUGCCACGGCAACUGUGCUCGGAAUCGACUGCUUUAGCCGGGCUGGCCUGAAGGAGUUUUGGGCGUAUAUUUGGGAUCUGAACGACAACCUAUUCCCCCAAGACACCACCACAUACCCACUGACAAAGGGCAUUCGCGUUGAGAUCGCCGCUAUAAUUGUAAUCACCAUUAUCGGCGUCAUUUCGCAGAAGAGGUUGUGGAAUGUCAUCAAGGAUAAACGCACGAAGCGGGAAGAGGAAUUGGCCGAGGCUCAGCGUGCCCGUGAUGACGAAGAAGCCAACAUUGGAAGGGAACUCGAGGCUCGCACCGCUUUAGAGCGACGAGCGUGGGAAAGAGCACACGGAGAUUACACGCCGGACAGCGAUGACCACGACUCUGGCUUUGCUCGCGACAGCGAGAGCGAGAAAGCUAUUCGAUACAGCCAGAGCACCGCUACUCCGCGAUCACGCGCCCCUCCCGUCGCUGAAAUGCAAGGGUCGGAUGUUCCUCCCACUGUUCCCCCCAAACCAGAAUCUCCAGGUCUGAUGGUAUCCGAAAAGGAGAAAGAGGUUGUUGUGACAGUACGCGUCGCUCCAGAUGAAACUCACACAGAAGCCGUUGCUGCGAUCAAGGCCGCUGAUCAGACGGAAGAAGUUUCCAAAGACAAUGCUGUUGUUCAGAGCGUGCAAGAGGUGGCGCCGGUUCCUGAAGUGGUACCUUUGCCAUUCAGCUUCCCAGAUGAGGAGGCUCUAGCCAGAGACAGGGAAGAGCGGUCCACGAUUGCAACCUUUGCCGAUGAUGAUGAAGAUAUUCAGGCAGGCGUCGGAAGCAAGCGGAGUUCCUUUGCGAAGCGACUCUCUCAGAGUUCGGUACAGCUGAUGCGGAAGGUCUCUCAGCGGACAUCGAUGUCGCAUCGCAAGGAAGAAGACGGUGAUGAGGUGCUGGCGGUGCUUCAACGUCCAAGGGAUGACGACGCUGUUUCUCUCGCGGCAACUGUUGACACUCAGAGCGAUAGCGGCGCCGGAACUGUGAACGAUGAGCACCGGCGCAGUAUUGAGAUCAACGCACAGCUCUCUGGGGAGCAACGGUCAAGCAUCAAGCCGGAGACUACUACAUCAGCGUCGGCAUCUCGACGAAGCGUCACCGACAGGAAGUCUGUUCGACCGGUGUCAGCCAUGACAGCAGUCACUGACAUCCCAGUCCAGUCUCUAGCCAAGGAUGCGACGACUCCUGCUGCUGUCGAAGAGAGUGCGCCGGAAAGCGCAGUCGGUGAUGUCGCUCAAGAAAACAGCUCGGUGAAGCAGUCUGAGUCGGGCGAGAGUCGACAGCCCCCGGUCCCUUCUCAGCAAGCCAAAUCAACAGCCUCUCUUCAUUCCACGCCUCUGAAUCUUACCCAAGAGCGUCUGCCGCCCAGCUUCUCCAACGUUGCGCUACACUACCGCACAAACGAAUGGGCAAAGCACCUUAGCCAGGCCGACGCACCCGAGCCUGAGAUCUUGAAGAUCGGAGACGACAGACCGCAGACCCGGGAGGCCCCGGCUCCUGUGCACGUCGAGGAGCUUAAGCAAACGGCCUUGUCCGCCACGCCUGCACCUGCACCAGCUCCUUUGAGAUCGUCCCCUCCCGUCGCGACACCUCCACCGGCCUUGACGCGACCCAUGUCGACCCAGUCGCCGAACCGUGGUCACUCGAGGAACAGCUCGUACCAGUCACAUCGCCGUGCAUCAAGCAAGACGCAGUUCGAGCCCAUCGCCGAGGAAGAGCAACAGGCACUUUCUCGAGCCGCGAGCACUAGGAGUGGCGCCUCUGGCAUCGCUCUCUCAGCAACAGCUCCAGCUGUCUUUGUCCCCCCGCCGCCACCACCCGGCAUCAUGUCUUACGACAGCCCUCAGAGCUUGAUCGCACAGAGAAGCGUCGCUCUGCGUAAUAAGACAUACGGAAUCCUUACCGGCGCCAACAACAUGCCCGAGAUCUCCGCCGCCUCCUAUAGAACACCCAGCGAAACCGGCUCCAUGUACAACCAUCCCGUCUACCCGUCACAAAUGCCGCCAGCUUCUCUGGACGACCUCCCAUUGAGCCAGCGCAAGGAGAUUAUCCGUCGCCAAAGCAGUUUCGGCACAAUGCGAUCCUCCCUCGAAGGCUCCAGAUCAGCCAGUGGCUCCUACGUACCCAGCGUCUCCGCCGAAAACCUCGCCUUCGACUCUCACCAACCCAUGCGCUACUCCAACGUCCCCUCGCAGGACGCCCGCGACGCCCGGCUCGCCAGUUUCCGGGACUCGGUCCGCGCCGAUCUGCGCGCCGGCACGGCGUCUCCCGCGCCCGCCGCCAACGGCCGCGACGUGGCACUGAGCAUGUUCCGGUCGCCGAGCGCGUCGAACUUGGCGGCCAGCCAGGCGGCCGCGCGCGAGGCCGAGGUGCAGAGGAACAUAGACCUGCAGCGGAGCUUCAUGAUGAGUCAGAAGGAGGCGGAGGCGAAGCGCAAGGAGAAGGCGAGGAUCGAUAAGGAGAGGUCCGAUCAGGCUUUCACGAGGAGCAUGCAGAGCGGGGAGAUGUUUGAGUUGCACCGUGAGGCGAUGCGUAGGAUGCAGGACCAAGCUAGGAAUGCUUCGGGUGAUGCAUAAAUCUUUUUUUUUUUCACAUUAUUCUCUUACAUUUCUUUGACUCUCU